AUGGAAUUAUCUGGCAUUAUCAAGAAAAUAGGACACUCUUUGGCUGAGAUAAGAGUUCGAGCAUUGAAGAGCAUCAUUUGUAAGCUGAAGCACUCCCUGAUUUCCAUACCUGACAUCGUUCAAGAAAAGAUGCUGUUCGUGUAUCUCCUGGAGUGGUUCAAAUUCCCAGAAGUUCCCAUGCAAGAGGAAGUCCUGGAUUUACUCUUGACUUUAUCCAAGCAUCCAAGUGCAGCCCAGAUGCUAAGAGAUGUAGAGGCGGAGGAUAUCCUAUCCCGACUGUCUGCCACCGUGCAACCGAGACUUCGAGCUGUCAUCGACGCAACCCUGGACCAGCUGUUCCAGCUACCUGAGCUAAUCCCCUGUCGCACCCCCGUCUAUAUGCACGAACCUUGUGGUGUCACCUCUGAAAUACCCACAGAUUUACCAUCUGAUGAGCAACUUCCUUAUCGGGGAUAUUUCCAGAAGAGUGUGCCGAAUUAUGUGGCUGUACCUCCCCUGAAGAUAGCAGUGCACGAAACCGUGCAGUGCUUGAAGUUCUCUGUGUUCCCGUGGCUGACUUUGACCAACACUGACAGACACAUUUUAUCCUCUAAUGAAAGGUCUUUAAGGAGCAGCAACCCCAACUUGGUGUGGGCCACAUGUGAGCUACUAUGUGAUGUCAUCAUGCAGGACUUCCCUGCUGAGAUUUUCCUGCAGAGGCCAAAUAUUGCAAAGACUCUUCUGUCCCUUCUGAGGCUGGGGUUGGGUGAAGGUGACGCAUGUUACCUCCACUUGCAGGCGCUCUCCUGCCUGAGGCAGCUUUGCGCGGGGCUGAGGCAGAGGCUUCGCUUUCAUCAAGAUCCGAGCUUCCACUCUGCCAAGCAAGGAGAUACUGUGUCCCAGAACUCCUCCUACUCCCAAGAAGAACAGGCGACCCAGCAUUCACAGGCAUCUUCCCCAACAGUGGAGUGCUCUCCUCGGCCUUCUGUGGUUGGCGGAACAGGUCAGAGGGUACGGGGUGAUGGUCAAGAUGGAGAUGCAGGUUCCAACAGUGGCAGCUUACAUGGGAGUGCAGUGGCAGCCCAGACAGCCAGACAGACACCUCCUGCAGAUGUGGGCCGGUGGGCGCUCCCUGACCAGGAUGUAGAAGAUGACCCAGAGAUAGAGCUGCAUCAGCUCACUUUGGCUCAGUUCACUGUAGAAACCCUGGAACAUGUCAUUCCGCUGCUUAAAACAGAUGCUUCACACGUGUUCUGUCGUGUUCUGGAGCUGCUGUUCGACACCGUCCUCCUGCUUGGGGACAGCAUUUCCGAACUGGUCUGGGACGAUCGCAGCCUGGUGGGGAUGGAGCUGAUGGAGAAGCUUCAAACAUGUAUGGAUUUGCAAGCAGAUGUACUGAGUUACCAUCAGGAUAAUAAAAGUGGUUCUCAAGCUCACCACAGAGUUGCAUACAUAGGCUCGGCCGCAUUCGUCAUUAAGUUCCUGCAGACUAUACUUCCUGUUGAAAAGGCAAGUGAGAAUGUACCAGAGAAGGCAGUAACAGCUCUUUUUCACCUGUGCUUGGACAAGUCAUUUGGCAUGGCAUUACCCAGCAUGCAAGAGGCAGCAGUGGCCUACUUGGAACAGUUAAACACGGACAGCCAUGAGCUCUGCAGGAAAGUGACCCGCAUUGCUCUGUGCAUGAAAUCCACUUGCCGCUUCCUGAAGGAGGAACGGAAUACUGAGGGAGAAAAGAACUGGCUCGAACUACUGGAGCUGGCGGAGCUGGCAAUAGAAGGGCUUCCAUUUCAUGAACACUUGCCCAUCGUUAAGGAAUGCAUUCAUUUCUGCUCCUAUUUGUGGAAAUUUGAUCACCCCAGUCCCGUCCUUCAAAUGGAGAGUCAGAAACUCCUCCUCAAGCUGUUGUCACAUCCAAUGCUACCUGUCAAGACGGAAACCUACAUGUGCGCAUUAACUGUGGUUCAGAAGUGCCUUGGGAUUCAGAAUGCGUCGCAACAAGAAUCAGGACUCUGCAACGGAGUGAACUUCCUCCUACACCACAAGGUGCUGUAUGAAAUAAGUGCCUUUGGUCUCCAGGAUUCUGCAGAGAAGGUGAAUGUCGCUGCCAAGGAUAUCCUGCUAUUUCUGCUCAAGGGACGAUUGAUGAUGACAAAGGCAACCUGGGACAGAUUCAUUGCGGCACGUUCGCGGGUCAUCGCUGUAUUACAGGGUUAUGCCAACACUGAGGAUUCACUGGGAAGAUGUGUGCUGCUACUAAGUGACAUGUCGGAGGUGGCAAGAGACGACAUGUUUCCAAGCACAGCCAAGUUAAAAGCAGCUCUCAGACUUCUUUUCACCAGACGGCCACCGGUGAGGAUAGCAGCAGUUCAACACAUUGUGCCGCUUCUAACCGGAGGAGGUGAUGCUAAGGCAACCAGGCCACUGCUCAGCCAGUCAGUGAUCUCCUCGCUUCCCAAUCUCUAUUGCAUCAGGCAACUGGUGGAUGUCAGUCUUGACACCAGCAACAAGUCUGUACUGAAGGUGUCGGCAGUGGAGAAGCUAUAUGGCAUGCUGUCCUCAGACACCACUGACAUGGCUCUGAGAAGAUCUGCUGCAGAGCAGCUGUCUGUGGUUCUACAUGAUUCAGCUAUGCAUCCAGUCCUGAAGACUCUUGGAAUAACAGACACCAUCAUUUCUUUCAUUACUGACAGUGUGAAUGGUAACAAGAGCUCGGACUGCAUGCUGGAACCUUGUGUGUGUAUCCUGAGAAAACUGGUGUAUGCUGAUCCAUCUCUGAGGAACAGCCUGGCACAACGCAACCUCCUGCUCAUCACUCUGCUACGAGCAUCACUAAUCAUGAAGGCAAACAAAAACAAUUGGGGAGAGGCUGCCGUCCUAAUGAGUUUGCUGCUCUUUGAUGAAAUAAGCAGCAUGGCAAUGUGGUCGGACAAAUCGCUGGACAAUGGCAAGCUUCAGACAUUCUCCCUCCCAUUGUCAGUAGUUCGCAGGUACAACAUGCCUUUCCAGGUUGUAAGCUAUCAUGCUGUCAGUCCAUACUGUUGCAUCCUGAAUCUCACUUCAGAUGUACUGACCUUCGCCCCUGCUCGUCAAGCCUUGCAGUUGGUCUGGAACGUUGCAUGGCACUGCGGUAUAGACAAACUGCUUAAGGAACCCAUUGGCUCGAUCAACAAUGCAGAGUUCCACGCCGACUUGAAUAUUUCGGAAGCUCAGGUCGCUUCACUGCGAGCGACGCACCUUCCGAGCGCACUGCAGGACUGCAUCCAGGAUGUGAUCUUGGCAGAAAGACACAGUUCAGUGAUCGCUGCCCUCUCCAGGCUCAAUAUCUACAUGAUGAUCGACAGACUGACUUUUCCUCACACAGCUACCUAUAAAUGUCGAGAAACGUUACACUCGCUCAACUGGAAGACUGCCAUUACCAGGUUUCUCCAGGUGCAUCCAGCCUCUGUGGAGGAUGAGAGACUGCUGGCGUACAUCCUUGCUUUUCUGAAUGCGUACUUCAAACCUUCGCACACACACUGGUCUGACCCGGAGGACAAGGACCUGCGCUGGAUGUUGGAGCUGCUUCUCAAUGAGGAAACAUCAUCCCUCCUUAAUUUGCUGCCGGGUGUGGAGACUGCACGGCCAGGCCAACACCCAGAGGAGCCGGAGCAAGUGAAGAACCAUGUUUGCCAGAAAUUACAGCGAGAGCUUAACAGCUUCUUCAAAAACUUGCUCAGUCACCUGGCACACACCUCGGACAGGCUAUGUCUGGCAUUAGCUGGCUGUUUCAAGAGCCAGCUGGCACUCGGUUUCCUUCAGAGCCUACGGGUGUCUGAUGCCCCGGACUUCUAUGGUCUCCCUAGUCUGGAGAGGACUCUCCAGGGUAUAGUCAGCCUGACAGCCCAGUCUGGUUGGAGCUUGCACUGCUUUGACCUGUCAUCUACCUCCCUUUGCGCCAAGUAUCUUAGUGGCCUGCUGGAGGUGAUCUCCUCCUUUUACGUGCGGUGGGGUGGUAACUCCAUGUCGUUCAUGGGUAAAGGGGUUACCAAGAAUGCUGUUGUCAGCUUGCUUCACUUGUCUCAUGAAAUGAUGGCUGAGAGCAAGGAAAAGGACAUCAUUUCCAUGUGGUCUUUGGGGAACGAGAGCACCGUUGAGGAAUCGAACGCCUCUCAGCUGGGUUUGGCCUGGCUUAUCCCACUCUGGGUGGACAGGGAUCAAGAGGUGAGGUUUGCCAGUUUGGGUUUAGGCGCUGCUUUGUCCGCGGUGGAGAGCGGCUGCCAGGCUUUAGGCGCCAGCUGCCAGAACAUCAGCGGAGGCCUUUGGGGCACGUUGCUUAAUAUCCUGCUUGAUCAGCAAGAGAGUAGCAUGGUCCGGAGAGAGGCUGCAUUCAUCCUGCAGAACCUGCUGGUGAUGCCCAUGCCUGCCAAUGCAGAAGAGGCCGAGGACUCCCACUGGCAGCACCCUCGUGUCCACAGCGAGGUGUCGGGUGUGUCUUUGGUUGGUCUACCUGCGCUCCAGGCUUUGCUUUACCACUGUCAGUAUUUCCAGCACGUUGCUUUGUGUGCCUCUGCCUGUUACAGAGGCAGACACACUUUUCACCUCCAAAAACGUGUUGUUGGAGCUGACAGUCGACAGGAGUGUGCUUCAGUUGUUUCAGAUAAUUCUCUGCACUUCUGGAGGAGUGCCGCAACAGCAGCACCGACUGCCAAUUCCAGCAGACCUCCCAGCUCCCUGUCCACUUCAAGCACUGCGGUAAGAGGUUCAGGGUCUGAGACCUCCAGAGCUGCAUCCCCCAUGAGCUACAUGACAGAUACUCCUGCCACCAGGCUAACUGCACAAGGGCAAAGUGACAUCGACACUGGCAACUCUAUUGCCUCGCAAGACCUUCAACCUGGCUGGUCCUUGUCAACGCAGACUGUUGUCAUGGUUACUCCUGACCUUCUUGUUGCCCACUGUGGCUUGCUGAUGAACUUGCUGGCGAUCCUGCCAGAUUUUACCUUGACGGCCAUCCAACAGAAUCAGCUAUUGCAAGCAUUGGCAGGUUUGGUGGCUGUUGGGCCUGUUGAAAAAUGCCUCAGUGAACUGAAAGCACCAAACAUCCUUCCUGGAGAGAGAGAAGACAUCAAGAGUCAGCUCGGUGCGCUACUUCACUUCCUGGCUGGCUUCUCCAAGCUGCUGCAUUCAUGUGUCUCACUUAGACCAGAACUCAUAGUCCAGAUGAACUUCUUGAAACAGUUGUUGUCCGCAUUGGUGGCAACACUCACCCUCAACACAGAAGGAUUAGAUGCAGGUACACGGGACAUCGUUCUCAUGUGCUGGGCAGAAGUGUUUACGCUCAUGGCUACUUUGGUGAAGAGGGACAAUUUUACAGUGUACCCAUCUGUUUCUGCUGCACUAGGGCGACGCUGGCGGACGUUUGCAGGAACAAUUUCAUUGUGUAUGCAGGAGAAGUUUGUUAGCCCACAUCUGCACAAAGGAGCUUUGCAUUUCCUUUCCAUCAUUUUCGCAGAAGAGUCAAAAAGACGAGAAAGAGCGUUAGCCACUUUGAACGCAGACAAUGGCGCCGCUUUAACUGACAUGCUGAGCGGUCCGUCAGCCACCGAGCUUUGUGAUUUGUUGCUGCAGAGUUUUGAAAGGAAGACGCUUCAGGAUCCGCUUAAAAAGUUGACGGCCAGAGCUCUGAUGUCGCUGAUGGCUGGUAGCACUUCAGCGCAGAACUAUGCUGCUUCAGCUGGAUUAAUUGACAGCUGUGUGGAACAGAUGAAGCAGGCUCACUCGCAGCUCACCUUGGAGUCCGUCCGAAGCGGCAAGCCGUCCCAUCGUAAAAAUGAAGAGGGCUACUUAAAGGAGGUUAAGAUGACGGUGGAGAUUCUGCGGAGCGCCGUCUACAACAACCGGGAAUGCAAAGUUUUGGCGAAAGAUGCAUGUAUCACACUGGUGGUGCACGCCCUUUGGCCUUGGCUCCUAAUGGAUGACCCUAUCAUGGAGGCUGUACUGGAGCUCCUCUGUGUCUACACUGCGGACUGCCCUAAAGCAUGCAGUUCCUUGUGUAGCGGGGGUUCAGGUGUCCUGCCAGGACCAAAAGCCGCAGCAAGUGGCUCACUAAUGCACUCCAUCAUGAAGUUGGCUUCGGGCACCGCACCUGACAAUAGCACCAUCCAGAAGCUUGCUUUCUCCUUGCUGGCUAACUCAGUUAUGUCUCGUGAUUGCAGGGGCAUCUUGCAGAAGAACAACUUCCUGCAAGCCUUCACAUCGGUGCCCGUGCCCAAAGUAGGUGGCGCCAGGGGCACGGGCGGCAGCAGUGGCUUGGGCGGCCUGAUGGGUCUCUGGCUCAGGCUGCUCGUCAAUCUGUCUUUUUCUGACGACGGCCAGGAAAGUAUCAUCAGAGUGAUUGGAGUACUGGGCGUUUUGGCUAAUCUGGCAUCACAUCAACGCCAUGCGCUGCUCACCCUUCACAACCUUUGCUUCUAUUCCGCCAACAAGCCACACAUCAUUGCCAAUGACAAAGCCCUGACAGUCCUGCUCUGCUGUCUGGAAAGCAAAGAGAUGGAGAUAUGCUGCAUGGGAGCGUCUGCACUUUGGGCAUUGCUCCAUAAUAACCAAAAGGCCAAGAUUUCCCUGAAGUGUCCUUCGGUUCGAUUGAAGAUUGAGGAAGCCCACCGCGUGUUUAAAAAGGAUGCUGAAAACAAACAGGAGCCUUUAUGCACCUACUUGUUGAAGUGCCUUGAAAACCUCUCCCAGCUGCUUAACACAUGA